AGGACGCGUGCAGGGCAGCGGAGCACAAUCCAUGUGCAGUGGGCACGUGUGUGAAUGAUGGCAAGGGGUCAUACUCGUGUGUGUGCCCUUCGAGAUUCAGGCAGGGCACCACCGUUGAUGGCACCUUCUCCUGUGGUCCAGUCUCUAACCGCCUACUUCUCCCUACUCCCACCGAGCCCUGCGCAGCAGCCUUCCAGGCGCUCAACCCCGGGCUGGACUGCUCAGGCAGCGGGGAGCUGGUGGACAGCCAGGCGGCCGGGGAGACGUGCGACCAGAUCCGCUCUGUGCCCUCCCCGCCGCUCUCCCCUCUCGAGCUCUUCCGCCUCAACCCCGGCAUCAAGUGCAGCCGCCUCGUGCCCAAGACUGACGUCGGCAGCCUUACGGGCUUCGAGGUUUCCCUCUGCUCUCCCCCUCGCACUGUUUCCUCGCACCACCCUCUUCCCUCCAUCACCCUCCCUUCCUCUUCCCCACCAACUUCCUCCAUCCACUCUCUCGUUUUCUUUUGUCUCUCCAACCCGCACCAUUUCCACCCUCCUCCACGCCCCUAUCCUCCUGCCUCUACUUUCCUCAGCCUUACCAGAUCCUAG